AUGCGGAGGACCACCCAGGCAUUGCGAUACGGGCCCCUCGAUAUGGGCAUUAGAUGCAUACAUAGACGAGUUGAUAUGCUGAGCUUCGAAGGUCAAAACAUCGCCCUAUUUCAAGACGAGACCUACGUCCGCUCCUCAUCCACCUCGUCAUCAGUCCUCUCGAAACGGUGCACAACAUGCCAGAGAUCGUCCAACGAUGUCUUCCGGACGAGGCUCAGACGUAGCAUCUCGCCAACUCGACCACGAGUCUCACUGUUCCCGCAGGCUUUUACCUUCCACCAUCAUAACCGCCUCAUGCCGGGCGCCGAAAUAUCAACAAUAGUCCAGGCCCCGGAAACCGAUUCUCAACAAAACAUCGUCACGACCAACGUCCCAAUUUCAGCCUUUCGGCCAACAGCAUCCAUCAUACUUUGCACCAGUCAAAGCCAGUCUCCCAUGCCAUCCACUCAACCUCAAUCCCGGCCCGUAUAUCCAAUUGCCUGUCGUCGUCGUCGUCGUCGUCGUCGUCUUCGUGCUGACCGUAUGAUCCUCAUUCAUCCCGGGGCGAUGGAAAAGCCUGGUCCUUCAUCGCGAUUUAUAUAG